AUGAUUUCGGCCAUUGAAUGGGUACCUGAAGGUGUUGCGGAUCCAAAUCCCAAAAAGUAUGAAUUCAGUGCGGCGGAAUUGGAAUUGAUUGAAAUGAUGGAAAAACAUUCCAUGGAACACCCAAAUGAACAAACAACAACAACGCCAACUCCAGAACCAAAGAAAGAAACGAAAAAGACUACCAAAAAGAAGGUCGAAUUACCAAAAGUAGAACAUGAUCUUCCAGCGGAUCUUCGCAUGGACGAAUAUUCCAGUGACGAAGAUGAGAAUGAUGCCGUUCAAGGAACGACCAUUGGUCGACUCUUGGUGGACACCACUGGAAUUGACGAGGUCGACGACGCCGAGGCCAUUAUGGGGAAGAACGAUGGAAAGAAUAAUGACGAUGACGAUAACGACGAUGAUGACGAUAUGGAUUCUGAUAGUGAUGACGACUUGCAUGACAUUCCAGAUACUCGAGAAUAUACUCCUCUGGAUAUGGCCGGUGUGAAUUCCUUGGGAAUUUCACACACGCCCUCCUCAUAUAUGGAUUUGAAUGCAAACGAUGACGAUGAGGAUGAUGCAAGUGAUAUUGAAGAUGUUCAAAUACAGCCAGGUGAUGCUCUUAUCGUUGUCGCAAAAACAGAAGAGGACUUUGCCACACUAGAAGUAAAUGUUUACGAACAAAAGACGGGCAAUCUCUUUGUACACCACGAUAUCACACUCCCCGCAUUCCCACUUUGCUUGGCUCACGGAGACAUUGGGCCUUCUGGAACGGCUGGUAACUUUUGCGCCGUCGGAACCUUUGGACCAGGUAUUGAGAUUUGGAAUUUGGAUGUCUUGAAUGCACUCGAACCAUCCUGUGUGCUGGGUGGAGAAGAUACGACCAUGGCAGAUGAAAUUAUGCGUCACAAUUUGAUGAAUGCAUCGAAAAAGAAUGAUACCAGAUUGGACAUACCUAGUAAACCAGGACUAAAGGAAGGCAGCCACACGGACGCUAUCAUGUCGCUGUCGUGGAAUAAGGUUCACCGACAGGUGAUUGCUAGUGGCUCUGCUGAUUGUACUGUGAAGUUGUGGGAUGUGACGAAGCCAGACACGAAUGCAGGCACAUUUACUCACCACAAGGACAAGGUUCAAUCAGUAUUGUGGCAUCCGCAAGAAGGAACACUUUUAGCCACUGGUUCGUACGACAAGACGGUUGCGCUGGUGGAUGCUCGAGGACCGCAAGGAGAUGUCAAGCGGAUCAAGAUUCCUGCAGAUUGUGAAGCUCUUGCUUGGGAUCCAUGCAAUCCUCAAUGCUUGACCGUUGCCAGUGAAGAUGGCACUGUUGCGUGUUGGGAUGUUCGCAAAUUCUCAGAGAAGACCCCUCUCUGGUCCAUGGUGGCCAAUGAAUACGGUGGCGUUAGUGAUAUCUCGUACAACCAACUUGUGCCAGGACUUAUGGUAUCUUGUUCCGUCGACAAAACUGUUACACUUUGGGAUACACAGAACUUGUCGAAUUCUAAACCUCACCCAUGCGGAAGCAAAGAUAUGGCAGUCGGAAAACUAUAUACGGUCAACUUUUAUCCUUCGUCUCCAUGGCUAUUAGGAUGCGCCGGGGGUGGCAAGGAAUUGGCGUUAUGGGAUCUAACGCGGGAGGCACCUAUUCAAAAACGAUUUGGUGAUCGUGUAACUGGUGGAACCGUAUACAACACUCUGGAGGAGACAACCGCAAAGCAAGAAGCCUUUGAUGCCAUGAUGACAAAGGCCAAAGAGACGAACACAACUUCAGAAACAGACGAGACAACUCCGAUGAAGAAGAAAAACAAAAAGAAAAAGCCUGGAAGCGGCAAGAAAAAGAAGGCACAUAGAGCUGGAAGAUGA